GGGAAGCAGCUGCGUGUGGGGCACGACGGUGCUGCGGGCAAAGGUGUGCCCCGGGCUGCACAGCUCAUCGGUGGGAGAGCAGCAACUCGCCUGCGGCUGCUCGAGUCUGCCGCUGCCUGUGUGCGGAACGAGACUCUGCUGGUGUAAUUCUGUUUAUGUUUUACUCGCUUCUGUUGGCCUUACGCAAGGGAGCGUUCUUCCUGCGUUUUACUGCUCUAAGAUCUGCUGCUUGCUAUGCCUGCAGACCGCAGCUGUUACUUUUGUGUGUUUGUCUGCAAAACCUCUACGGAGCUCUGGUCUUACGGAGGAUAAGUAACUCAUAUUUGCCGGUAACUAUAGAUUUCCCAGUGGCCUGGUGAAAUCCUAUUGGCUUCUCCCAAAACCUGCAGCGUUGGUAAAAUUCGUACUCUUGGAAAAAGCAGAGGGUGCCCAGCGUGUGAUGUGUCUUGUUCUUUCAUCACUGAGCCGUGGGAGGUUUGGCUUAUCUUUCUGCCCCGAUGAUGCGGGCAUCUUCCAGCAGUCACAAGCCGCAGAGGUGAAACCAAGCCCCUCGCGUUAAUAGCUGGCCCGGAUUCAGACCGACAGCGUAGUUGAGAUGCUCCGUGAGCUGUACCCCGACCUCCACUUUGAGAUUGUUGCCAUGUCAACAACUGGAGACAAGAUCUUGGAUACGGCACUUUCCAAGAUUGGGGAGAAGAGCCUCUUCACCAAAGAGCUGGAAAACGCACUUGAAAGAAAUGAAGUUGACCUUGUGGUUCACUCCUUGAAGGACCUGCCAACGUCUCUUCCCCCGGGCUUUACCAUCGGCGCAGUCUGCAAAAGGGAAAAUCCACUUGAUGCUGUUGUCUUUCAUCCCAAAAACUGUGGGAAAACACUGAGCCUCCUUCCUGAAAAGAGUGUGAUUGGAACCAGUUCACUUCGGAGAGCCGCCCAGCUCAAAAAGAAGUUCCCUCACUUAGAAUUCAGGGAUAUUAGAGGGAAUUUAAACACCCGCUUAAAGAAGCUAGAUGAGAAGGAAGACUUCAGCGCCAUCAUCCUGGCUGCCGCUGGGCUGAGGAGAAUGGGCUGGGAAAAUCGCAUCGGCCAGCUCCUAAGCCCUGAAGAUUGUCUGUACGCUGUUGGACAGGGUGCCUUAGCAGUGGAAGUUCGUGCCAAAGACCAAGAGACACUGAAUAUGGUAUCUGCCCUGCAUGAUGCAGACACCGUGUUACGCUGCAUUGCCGAGAGAGCCUUUAUGAAACGUUUGGAGGGUGGAUGUAGCGUCCCUGUCGCUGUCAACACCGUGCUGAAAGAUGGCCAGUUGUAUUUGACAGGAGCAGUCUACAGUUUGGAUGGAUCUGACAGCCUAAAGGAGACUAUGCAGACCAGCGUUCAUUAUCCCCAACAGAGUGAAGAUGGACCAAAUGACGAUGUGCAGCGUGUUGGCAUCACAGCCAAGAACGUCCCUGGUCAGGCCCAGGAAGCUGCAGAGAACCUUGGUGUUGAACUAGCCAGUUUACUUCUGAGCAAGGGAGCGAAGCAUAUCCUUAGUGUGGCGAGGCAGCUCAACGAUGCCCGCUAAACCUCUGGUGUGGUUGGCACAGUUGCUAUGACGCUAGUCUUUGCAGCUACACUAUCAUCCCCUUUUGGAGGAAGGGAUUUGUUUAAAUGUGAAGCGGUCUUAUUGGAUGUUUGGGCACAAAAACUUGAAAUACUAAGCUAACUAACUCAAGUAGUUUAUGCUGUUCAGGGUUUUCACCCCCUUAUGCAUUUCUCUAAAUUGCAGAGUAUCUCUAUGAAGUUUUUCAACAAUUCUUGUAGCUAGGAAGUUGAAACAGAAAAAAUAAAAUUAGUCUAAGCGUUCUCCUAUUCAUUUAGGAGCAAGGCACUCGUUACAGAUGGAUCAUCAGAGCGGCAUCGUUGACUGUACUGAAGUGCUGUACUGUGCUGACAGUACCAAAGUACUUUCAGUAGUCACCAUUAUUAUUUGGGCCUGUUCACUCAUCUGAAGGCUGCUAUUAGAUUCCCCAUAGUAAAGUAGCACAGAUGCUGUGUCCAUCGUAGGUUAUGGUAAGGAAUUAGGUUUGCAGUUUUUCACUGCAAAUUUGUCGAUCGGCCAGUAACAAACGGGGAAGUAAGUGGACAGCCAGUCCGGUUUCCCUUGUACGCUCACCUGCGUGGAUGAUCCGAGACAGUCAUUCAUCUGUGCCAACCAGUCAAGGGGGAGCGGAAGAGAAGCCCAAAUUCAGGCUCUCGUGCCUUUCUCUGCAACUCUUUACCCUUUCCUUUUGCUGGAAGCUGGGUACCGUUUUUGGUAGGGGGUUGCUCUUCUCUUGGUGGGGCUCAUGCCUUACAGUGCCUUGUAGAAACACUGAAAUGGCACCUUACUGGGGUCCCGUUUUAGAAAUGAAGCAUUGUUUUAUUUUCUAUGCAAUGUCCAUUGAAUGUAACAGGCGAUAAAUACAGUGAAAUUACACGCA